AAACACAAGACUCCUUCUUGUAAGUCACCCAAGUUUAUCCGAGAAUCAAUCCUGCCGUUGCAAUCGACGACGACGAUCGUGUCCAUGGAAUUCUUUCCCCUCUUGGAAAAAAAAUAGCUUCUAGGCGCCACCAUUGACUGACCAUGCAAGUGCAAUCAAUCUCCAUUUCUUUUACCAGUUUACUAGUAGUUUCUCGGAUAAGUCACCUGAGCUCGUUCUCGUCGCUACUAGCAUAAAUACCCCGGCAACUCGUCACAACUCAUGCAUCACAACGGCAAUAAGCUAAUCACACAUAUAUACAAGGUGCAAAUCAUUCAAGCUUCAUAGGUUUAUUAGCAAUGGCGUACUCAUCGAAGCUAGCGUGCUUAGCUCUGGCUUUCGCGGCCAUCGUCGCCGCUCCGUGCGCGGCGCAGAACUCGCCGCAGGAUUACGUGAACCUGCACAACGCGGCGCGUGCGGACGUGGGCGUCGGCCCGGUGUCCUGGGACAACAACGUGGCCGCCUACGCGCAGAACUACGCGGCGCAGCGCCAAGGCGACUGCAAGCUGGUGCACUCCGGCGGGCCCUACGGUGAGAACCUCUUCUGGGGCUCCGCCGGCGCCGACUGGUCGGCGUCAGACGCCGUGGGGGCCUGGGUGGCAGAGAAGCAGUACUACGACCACGCCACCAACACCUGCGCCGCCGGCAAGGUCUGCGGGCACUACACGCAGGUGGUGUGGCGCAACUCCAUCAACAUCGGAUGUGCCCGCGUCGUCUGCGACAACAACGGCGGCGUCUUCAUCAUCUGCAGCUACAACCCGCCGGGCAACGUCGUCGGACAGAGCCCGUACUAGCUACCGAGCUAGUCUCCCAAACUCCCAAUUGAUCGAAUGGUACGCGUGCAGCAGCAACGUGCGCCCAUGCAUGCAGAUGCAUUCUUGAUGCAUGGCUUGUGUGCUGCUUAUUAAAUAUAUAUAUAUACCGAAUAAAUUAUCAGAUAUGAUGUUGUGACUUCUGAUAUAUAUAUAGAUCAAUAAAAUCAUGCGAUUUGUGACA